UAAUAGGCAUCGGCUAGCUGCUCUUUUGCUCUCUCCUUUCCUCUCCAACAAGAAAGAACCCUUGCGCUGAAGUUCAAUCUUCCUCUCUCCAUUUCACUCAUUUUCAUCGAAUCAAAUCGAACGCAGUAGGGAGAAAUGGGGCGGGACAUAGAAGAUGAGGUCAAGGACGAGAAGAAUCCACGUCCUCUCGACGAAGAUGACAUCGCUCUUCUCAAAACAUAUGGCUUAGGACCUUAUUCUGCUAGUAUAAAAAAAGUGGAGAAGGAAAUUAAAGAAAUGGCCAAGAAGGUCAAUGAUUUAUGUGGUAUUAAGGAAUCUGACACUGGAUUGGCGGCACCCAGCCAGUGGGACCUUGUCUCUGAUAAACAAAUGAUGCAGGAAGAACAACCUCUUCAGGUCGCAAGGUGCACAAAGAUAAUCAAUCCAAACACAGAAGACGCUAAAUAUGUAAUUAAUGUUAAGCAAAUUGCAAAGUUUGUUGUUGGAUUGGGUGACAAAGUUUCCCCUACUGAUAUAGAAGAAGGCAUGCGAGUUGGGGUUGAUCGAAAUAAAUAUCAAAUACAGAUUCCUUUGCCUCCCAAAAUUGAUCCAAGUGUGACCAUGAUGACAGUGGAAGAGAAACCGGAUGUUACAUAUAAUGAUGUUGGUGGAUGUAAGGAGCAGAUUGAAAAGAUGCGAGAAGUUGUUGAGCUGCCCAUGCUUCACCCUGAGAAAUUUGUAAAGCUCGGGAUUGAUCCUCCCAAAGGAGUUCUUUGCUAUGGUCCCCCUGGAACUGGAAAAACCCUUUUAGCUAGAGCUGUGGCUAAUAGGACAGAUGCUUGUUUUAUUCGUGUUAUUGGGAGUGAGCUUGUUCAGAAAUACGUUGGUGAGGGAGCUCGGAUGGUCCGUGAACUGUUCCAGAUGGCACGGUCAAAAAAGGCUUGUAUAGUCUUUUUUGAUGAAGUUGAUGCCAUUGGAGGUGCACGCUUUGAUGAUGGUGUGGGUGGUGAUAAUGAGGUUCAGCGUACAAUGCUUGAAAUUGUGAAUCAACUUGAUGGGUUUGAUGCCCGUGGGAACAUCAAAGUGCUCAUGGCAACAAAUAGGCCCGACACGCUUGAUCCUGCCCUUCUACGGCCUGGGCGAUUGGAUCGUAAGGUGGAGUUUGGUCUUCCUGAUUUGGAGAGUAGGACACAAAUUUUUAAGAUACAUACACGAACAAUGAACUGUGAAAGGGAUAUCCGUUUUGAACUCCUUGCUCGGCUUUGUCCAAAUUCCACUGGAGCUGAUAUAAGGAGUGUCUGCACGGAAGCUGGAAUGUUUGCCAUUCGAGCACGAAGAAAAACAGUGACAGAGAAAGAUUUCCUGGAUGCUGUGAAUAAGGUCAUAAAAGGAUAUCAAAAGUUCAGUGCAACACCAAAAUAUAUGGUCUACAACUGAGUUAGGGUCAGAACCAUUUUGAAUAUGUCUACCCUAUGGAUGCUCUGGGGCCUUUUUUAGCUGCUAUGUGUUGUUUUAAAAUUAUAUGCUGAGAACGUUCAUGCUUUGCACAAUUUGCACGCUACUUUUGUCCAUUGGCGGUUAUAUCAUGAAACUUUUUACCAAUCUCGUGAAAAAGUUGGAACUUCAUCGAUAUUCUUUGCUUGGCGUAUCUAUGUACCAUUGUAGAUCUUACAGUUGUGAAGAUAAUUCUUCUGCAUGGUUCAUUUUUCA